UCCAGCAAGCAGACAUGUCAUUCUGAUUUCAUGCUGUGUCCUUUUUAGUUAGCAAGUUAACCAAUGUGUUCCCUCUGUAAAAAUGAUUUGAAUUGUGCGUGAGCGCGAAUAUAUAACACAUUUUCAUUUACCCGUUGUUGGUAAUAGCAUUAUGUUACGAGUUGGAAGCGCAGUGGCCUGCAUGGCCUGCAGAAACCUGGUCUCCCCUAACAUGGGGGUGAGGUUCAGGAUGCCCUUACAGAAGCUGCACCCUCUGUCUCGUGCCAUCCACCACCGGUACAACGCCAGUGUCACCCCCCCGCACUGCUCGGCAGCCCGCCACUUCACCUCCAUGUCCCGGCUGCCCAUGCAGCCCCCCAAGCCUCCCCCGGGCGGUCACGGCGGCUGGCGCUACCAGCAGCACCGCAACUUCUGGAUGCUCCGCCUGGCCUCCAGGCUACUCAAGCUCCGGUACAUUGUGCUGGGCUCAGCAGUGGGAGGCGGGUACACCGCUAAGAAGACUUAUGAGGAAUGGAAGGAUAUGCUGCCUGAUAUGGGUGAAUACAUUUGGGUAAUACCUGAUUUCUUCUGGGAGCUGAGUAAACAAAUUGACCUCGAUAAACUAACCAAAAUGCUGCCUGAGUUAGUGGAGAUUGCCAAGUUUCUACCAGAGUUACCCGAUUUAGAUAAGAUAGGAGAGAACUUCACCUUCCUCAAGAGCAUCCUCUUCACCGCCGAAGCCCCUGGGGACACUCCAGUAAAAGCUGCCACAGAUGCCCCGGUCACGGCCACACCAGAGGCCAGCGGCAAGCAGUUUAGGAAGUCUUCAGAUAAGGAGAAGGUGGACCAGCUUCAAGAGGAACUGCUCCGAACUCAGAUGAAGUACCAGCGCAUGCUGGAGAGACUGGAGAAGGAGAACAAGGAGCUGAGGAAAGUGGUGCUGCAGAAAGAUGAGAAGGGCAUCCACCAGAGGAAAGUCAAGAAGUCUCUAAUUGACAUGUACUCUGAGGUCCUGGACAUUCUCUCAGACUUCGACUCUAACUACAACACCCAGGACCAUCUACCCAGGGUGGUGGUGGUGGGAGACCAGAGUGCAGGGAAGACCAGUGUGUUGGAGAUGAUCGCCCAGGCUAGGAUCUUCCCCCGGGGCUCUGGAGAAAUGAUGACUCGCUCUCCUGUCAAGGUGACGCUGAGCGAGGGACCUCACCACGUGGCCAUGUUCAAGGACAGCAGUCGAGAGUUUGACCUGGGAAAAGAGGAGGAUCUGGCUGCCCUGAGACAUGAGAUCGAGCUGAGGAUGAGGAAGAGUGUCAAGGAGGGACAGACAGUCAGCCCUGAGACGAUCUCUCUGAGUGUCAAAGGACCAGGUAUCCAGAGGAUGGUGCUUGUAGACCUACCAGGAGUCAUCAGUACUGUGACUGCAGGCAUGGCAACAGACACCAAGGAGACCAUCUUCGGCAUCAGUAAGAACUACAUGCAGAACCCCAAUGCCAUCAUCCUCUGUAUCCAGGAUGGGUCAGUGGAUGCGGAGCGCAGCAUCGUCACAGACCUGGUCAGUCAGAUGGACCCGCAUGGGAAGAGGACCAUCUUUGUCCUGACCAAAGUAGACCUAGCAGAGAAGAACCUGGCCAGCCCUAACCGGAUUCAACAGAUUGUUGAAGGAAAGUUGUUCCCUAUGAAAGCCUUGGGUUACUUUGCUGUGGUGACCGGGAAAGGCAGUGCCGGGGAAAGCAUUGACUCCAUCAAAGACUACGAAGAGGACUUCUUCCAGAACUCUAGACUACUCAGAGACGGUAUGCUGAAGGCCCACCAGGUGACUACUAAGAACCUGAGUCUGGCCGUUUCCGACUGCUUCUGGAAGAUGGUCAGGGAGUCAGUGGAGCAGCAGGCCGACGCCUUCAAAGCGUCCCGCUUCAACCUGGAGACAGAGUGGAAGAACAACUACCCCCGUCUGAGAGAGCUGGACAGGAAUGAACUCUUCGAAAAAGCCAAGAACGAAAUCUUGGACGAAGUCAUUAGCUUGAGUCAAGUGACACCGAAACACUGGGAGGCCAUCCUACAGAAGAAGCUGUGGGAGCGGGUGUCCACCCACGUCAUCGAGAACAUCUACCUGCCUGCAGCCCAGACCAUGAACUCUGGUACCUUCAACACCACCGUGGACAUCAAGCUCAAACAGUGGACGGACAAGCAGCUGCCUCACAAAGCAUUAGAGGUUGCCUGGGAGACGCUGCAGGAGGAGUUUGCCCGCUUCAUGGCGGAGUACAAAGGGAAGGACCAGGACGACAUCUUUGACAAGCUGAAGGAGGCGGUGAAGGACGAGAGUAUCAAGAGGCACAAGUGGAACGAGACAGCCAUGGACAGCCUGAGGGUGAUCCAGCACAAUACUCUGGAGGACCGCUCCAUCACAGACAAGCCCCAGUGGGACGCAGCCAUCCAGUUCAUGGAGGAGACCCUGCAGGCACGCCUCAAAGACACUGACUCUGUGAUAAAUGACAUGGCAGGUCCUUACUGGAAACAACGCUGGAUGAGCUGGACGAGCCGCUCGCCCGAACAGCACAUCUGCAACGAAACCAAAAAGGAGCUGGAGCGCCUGCUAAAACUCCAUGAGGACCACACAGCCUACCUGGCCAACGAUGAGGUCACCACCGUCCGCAAGAACCUGGAGGGCCGAGGAGUGGAUGUAGACCCUGUCCUGAUCAAGGACACGUGGCACCAGCUGUACCGACGUCACUUCCUGCAGAAGGCGCUGCAUCACUGUAACCUGUGUAGACGAGGCUUCUACUACUACCAGAGACAAUUUGUUGACUCUGAGCUGGAGUGCAAUGAUGUAGUCCUGUUCUGGAGGAUUCAGAGGAUGCUGCUCAUCACAGCCAACACACUCAGACAGCAGCUCAUCAACACAGAGGUACGGCGCCUGGAAAAGAACGUGAAGGAGGUGCUAGAGGACUUUGGUGAGGACAACGAGAGGAAGGUCCACCUCAUCACCGGACGCAGAGUACAGCUGGCAGAAGACCUUAAGAAGGUCCGUGAGAUUCAGGAGAAACUUGAAGCCUUCAUAGAAGCUCUUCACGAGGAGAAGUAGAGCACCAGAAACCAAUGGAUCACAGAAGCAUUGCACUGAUCAAAGAAGACUAAUUCCUCCCUCUGUAAAUGACUGAACCCCCCAGUGACGCCCAACUGUUGCUCUUAGUUUUUUUUUCUGCGAGUGGAGUUUAUCAGAUGGAGCCCUUAACACUAACACUGAGGAGGAUCAGGUUAUCAGUGUGGCUGAGCAGAUAGCACUUCCUCCGCUCAGAGUGGGCACCAUGCUUUAAAGGCCCAUGAUGAGUUCACCAGACAUGUCCUCUUCACACAGGAAUCCAACAACUGUCUCCGGGCUUUUUUGCUCUGCAUUUUUGGCAGAGAAGACGAAGAGAGAAGGGGGAGGACAAGAUUGAAGUUACACACCUCGUGACUGACUGACGGAUCGACCUCUCAUGUCGUCUUCCUCUCUCUCUCUCAUUGCUCCCUCGUUUCUCAUAAAUGAGGAGGUUGUGAAGGUUUUCUCUCUCACUGCCAACUUCCUUUCCUUUGUUUGGGAAUGUCUUUAAUCGGCUUGAGCACCUGUCAGAAGUUGUCCCAAAUUGCACUGGUCAAAAGUAGUGCACUGUAGAGGGAGUAGGAUGCCAUUUGGGACGCAACCAGAAUGUCUGCUGGUGAUCGGGUGAGUCAGACGUGGUGUGUGAUGGAAGGGUGAUGGGAACCACCCUCCUCUCUGUAGAUUGACUAGCUGUAAAUGAACGCCUGUUGGGCUGAAGCCAUUCUCCUGCCUAUUGUUAGCACUCGUUCCACUUGGGACUUAAUGUGAAUUCACUUCAGUUAUCCCAGCGGCUAGCUUUAACCCAGCUCUACACGUGCAUCACUAACCGUAUAGGUACAAGCCUCAGUUAUUAACCCUCACUUGCACAACAGUCAAGCUCCAUCCUCCUAAAACUAGAAUAUAUGAACAGUGGAUAGAAUAUUCCACACUAGUUGUAACAAAUAUAAUAUAGAUUGGCUUUCUUAUUUCAGGGAAGCAGACUUAAUUUGAGAGUUAUGUCUGCUAUUGAUAGGCAGCGCGCAAUGCCCCACUAUGCACCACUCUCUCUGACCUACUGUGUGUGCACCUCAUCACAAGGGUUUAUAUGAUGGCAUUUAAUUUCACUGUUGGACGAAACGGCCUCUACUAUCUUUGUUCUGGGUGAAGAUCCAGUGUUGGACUAGAAUCUAGUUCAACCUGCAGUGGAUGGAACCACAUUGUCCAAUCACGUUGGAGGAAAGAUGCUAGUGACCUCGUUGUAUUCCAACGUGGUGACAGCUGCACAGGCAUCUUUGGGUUCUUGGUACAUUCAUUCCUUUCACUUUUUCUGCUUCUUCAUGCUCUCCUGCCUCUGGGCAGGUCACACUGUCUGACUUGCUGGUCUCUACUGGUCUCUCCUGAGGGACCUUUUUCUCUCUCUGCUCUACUCCAUCCAUCCUUGUUUUCUUUAUUCUUGAUCCUCUCUCUUGCUCUUCUCUCAAGCCCUCUAUCUUCUAUCCUCUCUGUCUCCUAUUUCACCCCCCCACUCUUUGUUCCCGGCUCUAAAGAGUGGAAUGAAACGGUGACUGUUAUACUUAACCCCGGUCCUUCAUGUGUAUAUGGGUUAAUACCGUACAUCGUGUACAUGUAAAGUUAAUACCAAUCAUGAAUCUGUUAUUGCUUAUGGGAGGAAUGUCAGAGUGUGAUGCUCUUGUAACAAGAUAUCCAUCGGAUGGUUCAACACCUACAGUUCUCUUUGAUGUUAUAGAAUGUAAUGUUUGCAUGGUAUACCCCAUCAGAUGUGCUUUAUUUAUUACAAAUUUGAUUGUUUAAGAAAGUGAAAAUAAAAUUGAUGUUAAUAAAAAUGUAAUUUUCCUAGAA